UGAGAAACCAAAACAUAACGUCGCGCAAUUUUCGAGUUGUGAAUCAGACGACGAUUUUCGGCACUUGCAAAUCACAUCAUUUGUGAGAUAAGCCCAAACGAAAAUGUUGCCGAGGUGGGGAAGAGUUUUGAGCCGUAUAAACAGUAUUAAUAGAUUCCAGAAAAACAGUGAAUUUGUGAAGAGAGAAUCAUCACUUUUUCUAUUUCGAGAUUAUGCAAAGGUUGCUGCCGCUGUUGAGCCAGAUGCUAAGACCGACAUCAGUAAGCCCGAGGUGAAUCUUAACAACUUGUUUUGGUCGAAGCCACGUUCAUUGGCAUUGGCAGCUGACUCACCAUAUAGAAUUGAUGAACCCCAGUACGUGGGUAUUAAACGAUUUAUUAUGAAGUUGAUGCUGUUCUACAGCAAGCAGAGUCAGUUCAUCCGUCGGGCUAAUGCUAUUUACACUCGUGUACGAUAUCAAGUUGAUAGGCCUGCUAUAUACGAUGUGUUUUGCUUGGAGCAGACUUUCAAAACAACUUUUUCCUUGCUUGUACUCCAUAUGUGGCUUUGUCUGCGUCGUUUAAAGGAGGAGGGGAAGGACGGUGUUGAGUUGGGUCAAUACUUAUCUGAGAUUUACAAUCAUGAUCUUGAACUGAGGGUCUCCAAGGCUGGGGUAAAUUUACUGUUAUCCAAGUGGAUGAAAGAAUUGGAGAAAAUAUUUUACGGAAAUAUUGUUGCGUACGAUGCUGCAAUUGGAAAACAUGAUGAGCUGCAAAAUGUUAUCUGGAGGAAUGUGUAUUCAGAUGAUGGUAAAUCAAAACCAACCGAAGGUGCCUUACUUUCUGUCCAGGCAUUCACAAGAUAUGUUCGCCAUGAAGCAAGUGCUCUCUCAUUAACAGACAAAGAAGCCGUACUUACAGGCAACUUCAAAUUCACAUCGUUGGAGGAUGGAGGGAGGAGGGACUGAUGAUAGUGAUAAAGUAGGGAAAUAGUGCAGAUGAUUAUAAGAAUAAUCUAUGUAUUGUACCAAAACAAAUUUCUAGAGUCAAUUUUUCCCUCCUAAAUUGGAGUCCAAAAUCUCCAGUGACUGUUCAGCAUUUCAGAUUCAGUUAAAGAGACCGAUUUGUUUCUUAA